UCCAGCAUCAUGUUUACCUUCGCUAUUCUCCUUCUCUGCGUUCAGGGCUGCCUGAUCCAAAAUGCGUACGGUCAGUGCUGUGGCUGUGGAUGCGGUGGUGGUUGCGGUUGCGGUUGCUAUGGCGGCGAGGGCGAAGGUAAUGUGAACGUCUGCGGUGAGCUGCCCGUGUGUGGUGAAACCUGUGUCUGUGGCCGCGUGCCCAUCUGCGGAGGUGUUUGCUUCAAGGGCCCUGCAUGUGCUAGUGGUUGUGUCUCUAUCUGCGGACGUUGCUGCGGAUGCGGGUGCGGAGGUUGCGGUGGAUGCGGAUGCGGCUGUGGAGGCUGCGGUGGAUGUGGAUGCGGCUGUGGAGGCUGUGGUGGAUGCGGAUGCGGCUGUGGAGGCUGCGGAGGAUGCGGAUGCGGACGUAGAUGCUGUUGCUGCUAAAAAACUCAUUGAGUUAUUUAUUAUUGAAAAAAUUUAUAAAAUCCAGAUUCAAUAAUAAUUCUCAUUGUAUUUUCAAUACCACAAUUGUAUUUUAUUUAAGAUUGAAAGCAAACAUCUUUGUGUAGUAAAAAAAAUCUAAAUUGAGUUUUCAAUAAAAGCGAAAUUCAUAAUUCGUCUAUUUUCAUUAGAUCUGUAGCAUGUUAAAGGCUGUGGAGGCUGUGGAGGCUGCGGUGGAUGCGGAUGCGGCUGUGGAGGCUGCGGAGGAUGCGGAUGCGGACGUAGAUGCUGUUGCUGCUAAAAAACUCAUUGAGUUAUUUAUUAUUGAAAAAAUUUAUAAAAUCCAGAUUCAAUAAUAAUUCUCAUUGUAUUUUCAAUACCACAAUUGUAUUUUAUUUAAGAUUGAAAGCAAACUUCUUUGUGUAGUAAAAAAAAUCUAAAUUGAGUUUUCAAUAAAAGCGAAAUUCAUAA